GUGGUUUCUGCAGAUCUUUGCAGAUGCUAUGGGCCUGGGAAACUGAUGUGGAGAGUAGCAUAUUCCAUGAAGUUGAUUGGCAUCGAAUUGUACUGGAUGAAGCACACACCAUAAAAUCCUGGAGAACUAUGAGUGCUAAGGCUGCAUUUACAUUGUCUGCACAUUGCAGGUGGUGUCUCACUGGUACUCCACUUCAGAAUAAUUUGCAAGAUCUUUACAGCCUUCUGUGUUUCUUGCAUGUUGAGCCAUGGUGCAAUUGGGCAUGGUAUGUCUUAUAUAUUACUAACUGUAUAUAUACAUGCUAAUAAGUUUAACUGAACUAGAUUACUUAAAUGUUUGCUAU